AUUGGGCUUGCAGCAUCAGUUCAUCUGUAAACGAUAAACCGUGAAUAUCGAAGUAGAGCAAAUCGAAUAACAAAAUGCGUUUAACACUUUUGGCGCUCGUUGGCGCUGUGUGCAUCGCCUGCAGCUUUGCCCAGCCAUUGGAGGACAAAGCGGAGAAUAACGAUCUACUCAAUCUGGCGGAUCUGGGUCAAGGCCAUGCCAUUGAAAAUGGACGACAGACACGACAGUUUGGAUUCGGCGGCUGGGGUGGCGGCGGUUGGGGCGGCGGUUGGGGCGGUGGCUACCGUGGCGGCUGGGGAGGUGGUUGGGGUGGCUGGGGCGGUGGCUAUCGUCGCGGCUGGGGCGGUGGUUGGGGCGGCGGCUGGGGUGGUGGCGGCUGGGGUCGCGGUGGCUGGGGCUUUGGACGCUAAAUUCUGGCAAAAUAA